AUGGAUUCGAGUCGCUGCGUGUCUCUUGCUCACGCUGGUGUCUACUUCCCUCCUCACAAGAGGGCUCGUCCUAGCCCUUCGUCUUUCUCUCCGGAAGGAUGGGGAAAUUCGGGGAGCCAGAGCGAGGAGGUCUCUAUCGAUUCCCUUCCUGACGAGUGCCUCUUCGAAAUCCUCCGGCGUGUGGAGGAUAAACGUGAGAGGAGCCUAUCGGCGUGCGUCUCCAAACGGUGGCUCAUGCUCUUGAGCACCAUUCGCAGCUCCGAUAUCCCUCCCUCGGUCGCCUGCAAGCUGCAGAAGAACCUUCUGCCCGACCUAAACGAGAGCGUCGUAUAUCAGGAGCAUGAUGAAGAUCUUGACUUGUCCGAGGACGAUGAGAUGUUCCACAGCCGGUGCUUGGAGGGUAAAGAAGCAACUGAUGUUAGAUUACUUGCCAUGGCCGUCGGAACCACAUGCAGAGGUGGGAUUAGUGAGCUCUUGAUCCGUGGGUGCAACGCGAGCAGGCCGGUGACAGAUAUUGGUCUUGGUGCGGUUGCCCGCGGUUCUCCUUCCCUCAGGGUCCUGUCAUUGUGGAACUCUCCCUCCAUCACUGACGAGGGGCUGGCUCAAAUUGCUGACCACUGCCCUCUUUUAGAGAAGCUGGAUCUCUGCAGAUGCACCUCGAUCUCGGACAAGGGCCUCAUUGCCAUCGCAAACAAGUGCCCAAAGUUGUCUUCCCUGGUAAUUGAAUCAUGUCCGAAGAUCGGGAAUGAGGGUCUUCAGUCUAUCGGCCGGUGUUGUCAGCUUCUGAAAUCUGUUUCUAUUGUGGAUCUGGGCCUCGUGGCAGACCAGGGAGUCGCAAGCCUGGUCUCAUCUACCUCCACGUCUCUGCAGAAGAUGAAACUUCAGCAUGUCAACAUAACCGAUGCAUCUCUCGCUGUCAUCGGGUACUACGGCAAGGAGAUUAGUGACCUUGUUUUUACCGGUCUGCCCCUCAUCAGCGAAAGGGGCUUCUGGGUCAUGGGCAGCGGGCGCGGAUUGCAGAAGCUGAGAUCGUUCACUGUUACAUCUUGUGGGGUGACCGAUGUCGGCCUGAAAGCGGUUGCGGAGGGCUGCCCGAUGCUGAAGAAGCUGCAUCUUCGGAGGUGCAUCUACCUGUCGGACGCCGGCCUGAACGCCUUUGUCUCGGCUGCGGGCUCUCUGGAGGCCCUUCAGCUCGAGGAAUGCAACCGGAUCACCCUGGUCGGGAUUCUCGGUGCCCUCCUUAAUUGUCAGGCGAAGCUGAGGUCGCUAGAGCUCACCAGCUGCAUGGGAGUUAAAGAUGUCGCCGACUCUUCCCUGGUCUCCAUCCGCUCCUGCUUGUCCCUGCGGUCACUGAGGAUUUGCCACUGCCCGGGGUUCGGCGACUCCAGCCUAGCGCUGGUGGGGAAGCUUUGUCCGCGCUUGCAGCAUAUCAGCCUGAGUGGGCUUGUUGCAGUGACCGAUGCCGGGCUCCUCCCCGUGGUCGAGGGCUGUGAUUUGGGCCUCCUUAAGGUCUCUCUCAGCGGAUGCAUCAACGUGACGGAUGCGGCGGCCUUCGCCCUCGUCAAGCAGCACGGAGGGACUCUUCAGACCCUCAGUCUCGAGGGCUGCCGGAAGGUCACCGACGAAACCUUGCUGGCCGUCGCUGACUACUGCAUGGUGCUGGAGAACCUCGACGUGUCAAAAUGUGCCAUCAGCGACGACGGAGUUGCCGCCUUGGCGUCUGCGGUGGGCGUCCUUGGCCUGCAGGUCCUUUCCUUGUCAGGCUGCUCCAAGAUUUCGUCGGGGAGUCUACAACACCUCAACAAGCUAGGUCACAUGCUGGCCGGGCUCAAUCUCCAGCUGUGCAACUCGAUCAGCACCCACGCCAUCGCCUCGCUUCAGAAGAAGAUGCCGCAGUGCGACAUCCUCUCCUGA